GUUCUCAUCCCUACCAAACACAACCCUAGACCGUUUACGGCACACGCUCUACACCAGAGACAAGACGCUAAAGAUUAAAGCAACCACAUUAACGCGCGUUACCUUUACGUGACACUUCCCAUGCGCUUCUGUUUGGGGGCAGCGACGACGCCAUACUGUUUGUUGCUUGUUAUUCUCAUCGCCGCUGAACAGCAACCCUUGACCUUCGCCACAUGUCGUCAGAAAGAGGCCUGAACGGAGGUGUGGUGCCAACAAGCCUCAGCGAGCGCUACAAUUGUAGCAACAUGGCAGCGGACACUUCCGUUCCGACCUCCUCGGCUUUUCACGCCAGCCAAUUCGGCCAGUUCGACUUGCCGUACACCGACAUGCAGACGUCGACGACCGUCACGGUCUCGUCGAGUCCGUUCGUGAUGGACGCGCAUCGUAGCCGCAGCACGACGCCGGAGCCGAGCGGAGGGAGAGCAGCCGUAUGUCAAGUGUGCGGUGAUGACUCACCGGGCAUACGCAAGCACUACGGAGCAAUCAGUUGCGAGGCGUGCAAAUGCUUCUUCCGACGCAGCGUACAGAUGAGCAAACGCUACACAUGCAACUACAACGGGAAGUGUCCGAUUGGCGAAGACAAACGCAUCAGGCACUGGUGCCAGAAGUGUCGCUUUCAGAAAUGCCUCGAAGUCGGAAUGAAGAUCGAAGCUGUCAAGCUUCAUCGUCCGUCGAUCGCUUCCAACAGCCGCUCGUCGUCUCCCCGUCCCAGUUCACUCUCCCCGGCUCCAAAUUCGACGUCGUCGUGCGAGAAUUCGGGAUUCAAUUUCCAUCCGUUGCACAGCCAGUCGCAGCAUUUGCUACUGCCGCCACCGUUUACGCCAGACAUGUUGAUUAUGAAUAUGAAGCCAGAGGUGGAGGCAUUUACUCAUUAUGUCACGCCACCAGAUACGAUCCAAGUGGUUCAACAAAGUGUCAAUCAACAAUGUUCACCGUCUCAUACGCCGCACGGCACUCCUCGUGUCAGUCCGUAUGGAACUCCGGUACCUAGCCCGAGUCCGGUACACUCGCCCUUAAAUUCGCCGAUGCGUUCGCCGGGAAGUCCGUGCAGCUCUCAGAUGGAGAAUCCCGUGCCAUUUUCAGUAGUAAAGGACUUAUCCUUCCUUCCCGUCGAUCAUGGUGUGGCGCAGAACGCAGGCAUGCAACAUCAGCUGUUCGAUCCGACUCAAGCUCGUACCGAAGAGGUUCUAGAUUCAUUCAAGCAACGUAUCAUCUUUCUAUUCAAUUGGGCAAGGGGGAUAGAAGGGUUCGAGAUACUCUUUCCACUUGAUCAGAAAGCACUGCUUCGUUCGUCAGUCGUCCAGAUCGUCAUGCUCGGUCUCGCUUUGAGAUCUCAGAAACUAGACAGCGCUCUCAAGUUGCAUACCGGCAAGCUACUGAAACCGGAUCACGAAAACGCCGGCGUGGCCGCUGUCACUGCAAUCACACUGAACAAGCUGUCUCGAGCCGUCAAGGUGUUGAACGUUGAUGACAGAGAAUGGGCUCUCUUGAAGGAAAUUCUCCUCUUCAAUCCCGAGGCAACCGGUGUGGGCAACACCGAGGUGGUUCGUGAGCAACGAAAAAUAAGGCACAUAGCGCUGCUGGAACACACGCUGAGUAAAGACCAAGUCGGCCGAUUCGGCGAACUACUCUUGCUGUUGCCUCCACUUGGAGAGCUCAGCGCUGAAGUGAUCGAACAACUUCGGUUGGAGCAAGUUGUGAGCGAGGGCGAAGUCCGGAUCGACGCUUCACUGUUGAUGUCCGUGAUGAACGGCGACGACCAGUUCUUCCAUCCUCAACAGGAUAUCAGUUGGCCUCCGCCGUUGAAGCCCGGCGAGCGGUCACCGUUCCAGUAAGUCUCGACAUGUCGAGUGUAAAAAGCGAAUGAUCUGAAUGAACUUAGAAAUAUGCUGAUGUAUUACAAGUAGCACACACAUACAUACUAGGAUAUGUUUGGUACCCUGUUCAUUGUGUAGGUUCAGUUUGUUGACCCAUGCUGUCUCGUUUUGAUAGCAAUACUAAUGGAUUUAAUUUGUAGAGCAUUUCGGCUGCUCGUUUUAUGAGACUUUGUUUUACUUGGCACGUUUUUGUUAUUGCAGUUUAGAUAUCAUAGCCACGAA